AUGCCGGUUUGGGCAGAAGCUAUCCAUGAGCUCGAUGAUGCUCUUUACUUCCUGGACAUUUGCGCAGUUCAGGCGGGGAUUGACGCAGGGAUGAUCUUAGGUGACAUUAUUGCAGAGACGCGUCAGCUGCUGGAUGAAGUGGAUCACAGGGUGGCUGCAUGCGAGCAGAAAGUCAGAGCAGUCGCGGAUGCAAUGAUGCGAGAGGAAAUUGAGCACUACAGGACACGCAAAAGUGGUAUCACUGAAAUGGCUGAGGCAGCUUUGCGCCGCUUUUCCGGGACAUCAGAGCCGAGGAUGCGAGACGAGGCAGUUCGCAGUAUGGCAGAGCUGCGGAAAGUCGAGGAGCAGAUUCGUCAAGCAAGCGCUGAGCUGCGAAAGCAUUGCCUCAGAUACCAAGGCAUCAAGGAGGCGAAGGAAACCGCGGAGAACGCGGCGGCUGCCUUGUGGAGAAGACUUGCUUCGGAGGAAACCCAGCGCCGCUCAGGGAAGUUUGUCAAAGACGGCAGGGAGCACGAGAUGUCCUUUGCUGAUGCGUCCGCUACGAAAGAACUGGUCGCUGUGCAGGAUUCGUUGCAGUCUACUGCGUCAACAGCCGGUUACGUGAGUGGAGAGAAGGUUCACAUCUGGAGCAAAAGCCAGGGAAUGUGGUGCACGGAUGGGGUCGUGAAGAAGGUCCUUGACGAGGACGCGCCACAGAUGGGCUACGUGCUCCCUGCGGGAUCGGUCCAAGUCAUGUUCAGUGCAGGCGAGAAGUGGGUGACCCCAGACCAAUUUCCGCACGUACUGAGGAGGCCACACGGACAACCAGAGGGGUAG